AUGCACCGCGUCGGCCGCUGGCUCAACCGCGGCGCCUCCGCCAGCACGCAAUCCCUCGACUCCCUCUCCGAAUCCCACGCCAUGGACACCGCCCUGCACGCCGUCGAGCUCAUCAUGGACGACGACAUCGCCGGCGCCGAAGCCGGCGUCGCCAACGGCACCUCCGCUUUCCACAAGCUCGCCCGCGGCACCCUCGCCUUCAUGCGCGCCGCUUUGGGAUUUGAGCAGGACAUCAUGAAGCAAGCCGCCGACGAGCUGUACGAGGCCGAGUCGGCCGCCUCCGCUAAUUACUAUAAGGCGCAGCAUGAUGCGAAGGCGUUCCAGAGCGGGAUUUAUGAGAAAGGCAGCGAGUUUAGUCUAUGCCAGGCUGAGGCGCAGAUUAUGAGUGCGAUUGUGAGUGUGUUGAAUGAGAACCUGACGGAGAGUUUGAAGGGGUUUUAUAAGUUGAGGAAGGCGUAUAUGACGUUGGAGGGGUUGACGGCGAUGGAGAGGGAGUUUAUGAAGGUGCAGGGGGUUAGGAGUUUAGCGGCGAGUCGGCAGACGAGUCGGCAGGGGAGUCGGGAGAGUUUGAACUCGCAGGGAGGAGCGACUGGGACGGGUGCGCUGCAGGAGAAGGGGACGCCGCUGACGGCCGCGGUGAGACCGAAGAAUGUGGUCAGUCCGUUUCGGGAAGAUGAAGACGAUGACGGCGACGAGUUCUUCGAUGCGGAAGACGCAAACGAUGCCGAGCGAGAACGGAAAGUGCUGGAGUCAUACACGGGGAAGCUGGCCCCCAGUGAUCCCAAUGCACCCAUUCACCCACCGUCACGGAGAGACAGCCAUCUCGAGCAGGACCUUGAAGGUCUCUCCGUCAACGACUCCAAAUCAUCCAACACCACAUCCACCCAGCCGACACUCGUCGCCAACGCAUCCACAGCCGCUAUUCCAGGCAUGAUAACCCUCGAUCCGGGUUCCGAAGUCUUCAGCAACUCCCUCGACAUCUUCAUCCACAGCGGCACCAACCUCAUGUUCGGCAUCCUCAAUCUUAUGAUCUCAGCAGUCCCGCCGGCCUUCAGCCGCGUGCUUUCCAUCAUCGGCUUCCGCGGCGAUCGCGAACGGGGCCUGCGUAUGUUGUGGCAGGCGAGUAAGUUUGCUAAUGUCAAUGGCGGUAUGGCGGGCUUCGUCCUCUUCGGCUUCUACAACGGCCUCGUCGGCUUCUGCGACAUCAUACCCGACGGCGACCCCUCCGACCCCGACGACAUGCUCGGCUACCCCGCGGCCCGCCUCAAGACUCUGCUUGCAGAGAUGCGCAGCCGCUACACGAAAUCCUACCUCUGGCUGAUCGAAGAAGCACGCAUGGCCGCUGCCGAGAAGGACCUCGAUCGCGGGUUAGAGCUGUUGGACGCGAAGGGAGGAAAGUCGAAACUCAAACAGCUGGAGGCGCUGCAUGUGUUUGAGAGGAGCUUGGAAGCAAUGUACGCGCACCGCUACGAGCUCUGCGCGACCAGCUUCAUUGAGUGCGCCGACCUCAACAAGUGGAGUCAGGCGCUGUAUUACUUUAUUGCUGGGGCGGCGCACGUAAGUUUGUAUCGACAAGCACUAAGAGCCGGCGACAAGGAAGCGGCAAAGAAGCAUAAGGGUCUGGCGGCGGAGUAUUUCGAGACGGCGCCGACGAAGGUUGGGAAGAAGAAAAUGUUGGGGAGGCAGUUGCCGUUCGAGGUCUUCGUGAUUCGGAAGCUGGCGAAGUGGGAAGAACGAGCUAAACACCUGAACAUUGACUAUGUUGACGCCGUCGGCGUCUCGCCUCUGGAAGAAAUGAUCUACCUCUGGGGCGGCUAUAAGAAGAUGCCGCGGCGCGAACUCGAGGCGUCACUCCUAAACCUGGGAUGGUCGGAGGAGCAGCCGGGAUGGAAGCAGGAGGAGAAUGACGAGAAGGGAAUCUUGCAUCUCCUCAGAGCAGUCAUUCUUCGGAACCUGAGACGGCACGAUGAGUCGAUGGCGCUCCUCAAAAGGGAGUUGAUCGACAGACCGGACGGGUUUCUGAAGGGCCACAACAAGGAUGAUUGGCCGCAGCCGGCGGCGUAUUAUGAGAUGGGGGUGAACUGUUGGACUAUGCGGAGUGGGUUCCAGAGGUUGAAUGGGAGGACUGUUGACGGUCCGGAUGAGAAAGAAGUCGAGGUGAAUCUGGACCACGACAUACCGCUGGUAGAGGAGGCGAAGAAGUUUGUGGAGAGGGCACGGACGUGGGAGAAGUAUGAGUUGGACGCGAGGAUGGGGAUGAAGGUUACGGCGGCGGUGGGGGCAAUCAAGUGGUGGGAGCAGAAGUAUUUGACUGCGAGGUAG